GAGGGUGUGCGCGCUGCCGCUGAUGUCCUCUCUCUGGUGCACUCAGCCAACCCCUGCUGUUGUGAUGUGAAGCUGGCUGUAUCCUGCUGUAAAGAAUCCGCCGAGAGGAGCCCCGGUUCUCCUUCGCGUAAUCGGUGCCUCCAGAAACUUCAUGAUUCCCCGCAUCGGAGAGGUCCCGCACCCGAGUUACGCAUGGAACGAUUGCGGGGGGAUUGGAGUAGACAUGCAGCGCCGCACUUUCAGCCCACAACAAGAAGAACCAUGCCCAGUUUACAUUGCAAGCAAAUCUAUGACAUCCUGUUUUAUCUGUUACGACUUUGAUACGUGCGAGGUUUGCUCGGGUACCGACGAGGAGUGAAGAGAACACGCACGGCACACAAACUGAAGGACGCUGCUGUUUUUUUUGUUUUUUUUUUCGCACCAGAGAACCGAAAUCCCCUGCAUUUACAUUUUUUUGAUGGAGCUGGAGAAUAUAGUAGCCAACACUGUACUGCUUAAAGCCAGAGAGGGUGGCGGAGGAAAGCGCAAAGGGAGGAGCAAAAAAUGGAAGGAGAUCCUUCGCUUCCCCCACAUAAGCCAGUGCACUGAGCUGGGGAACAGCAUCGAGAGGGACUAUGUCAGCUUCUGUGAGAAACAGCCCAUUGGAAGGCUCCUCUUCCGGCUUUACUGUGAGACCAGACCUAAACUGCAACGAUGCAUCCAGCUACUGGACGCAAUGGAAGACUAUGAGAUGACACCUGAUGAAAAACGAAAAAGCAGAGGGAACCAGAUCAUCAAGACUUUUCUCUCAGAACAAUCACCUCAGCGUGUAGACAUAGCAGAGGUCUUUGCAGACCAGUGCAGAGAGAACCUCGAGCUCAGUCCAUGUAAGGAGAUCUUCAGCAGCUGCCGCAAGGUCGUUCAUGACUACCUGAGUGGAGCUCCGUUUGAAGAUUACCAGAACUCCAUGCACUUUGACCGGUUCCUGCAGUGGAAGAUACUGGAGAGGCAACCAAUCACAAAGGACACAUUCAGACAGUACCGAGUGCUGGGCAAGGGGGGGUUCGGAGAGGUGUGUGCCUGCCAGGUCAGAGCGACAGGGAAGAUGUACGCCUGCAAGAAGCUGGAGAAGAAGAGGAUAAAGAAGAGGAAAGGAGAGUCGAUGGCGUUCAACGAGAAACAGAUUCUAGAGAAAGUCAACAGUAGAUUUGUUGUGAGCUUAGCAUAUGCAUACGAGACCAAAGACGCUCUGUGUCUGGUGCUGACCCUCAUGAACGGCGGAGACCUGAAGUUUCACAUCUACAACAUGGGCACGCCGGGAUUCGAGAAGGACAGGGUCCAAUUUUACGCAGCUCAGAUCUGCUGUGGACUGGUGGACCUGCACAGGGAAUGUAUUGUCUACAGGGACCUGAAACCGGAGAAUAUCCUAUUAGAUGACAAUGGACACAUCCGUAUUUCUGAUCUGGGGCUGGCCAUCAAAGUGCCUAAAGGGGACCUCAUCCGAGGCAGGGUUGGGACUGUUGGUUAUAUGGCUCCGGAGGUGAUAAACAAUGAAAAGUACGGCAUGAGUCCUGAUUGCUGGGGUCUGGGAUGUCUCGUCUACGAAAUGACCGCUGGACGAUCGCCCUUCCGCGCCCGCAAAGAGCGAGUCAAGCGGGAAGAGGUGGAGAGGAGGGUGCAGGAGGAAGAGGAAGAGUACAGCGACAAGUUUACAGAGGACACCAAGGCCAUCUGUAGAAUGCUGCUGACCAAAGACCCUAAGCAGAGGCUAGGGUGCCAGGCAGAUGGAGCAGCGGGUAUCAAGGCCCACUCGUUUUUCAAGAACAUCAACUUCAAGAGGCUGGAGGCUGGAAUUGUGGAGCCGCCCUUUGUGCCUGAUCCUCGGGCAGUGUACUGCAAGGAUGUUUUGGACAUAGAGCAGUUCUCCACGGUCAAGGGAGUAAAUUUGGACCAAACUGACAAUGACUUCUACUCCAAAUUUACUACAGGCUGCGUAUCCAUCCCAUGGCAGAAUGAGAUGAUAGAAACUGAAUGCUUCAGAGAUUUGAAUGUGUUUGGGCCUCAAGGGGCGAGACCCCCAGACCUGGACUGGAAUCAGCCUCCAGAGCCGCCCAGACGCAGCCUGUUGGACAGGAUCUUCAGGAGGCAUCACCCAGAGGUGUCUAUUUCCCACAGCCGUGUGCAGUCUUCCAGUGUGAACUCUGUGGACUCCAUGUCCAACUCUGCCCCCUAGUGGCACAGUGACUGUGUGGGAGCCACACACACACAAUGGGAAGGAGCUCCGAGGGGCUUCCCUGCUGCUGAUUGGUCCACAUCCGGGGCCUGAGCAGCAGCCGGAGACAGCCUGUCUAAUAGCCUAAAUGGUCAGCCCAUGGGGUGGGGGUGGGUGACCGGGCCCUUAGACCCUGGGCAUUUGUAUUGGGAUGGUCAAUGUUGCAGAGACGUUUGGAAAAUAUUCGGACAAACCUAACUCACCCUCAGGAUUGUUGGACUAUAGAACAGAGCCACUGAUGUUGAUGAAAACAGGUUAAGAUAGAAAACAAGCUAAUAUUCAGGGGAUCCACUGUAUAAUAAAGACCGCCACAGGGAAUAGAAGAUGGGGUCUUAGUGAAUUUUUUUUUUUUUUUUUUCAGAAACUUUUCUCUUUUGCUCAUUUUCAGUCUCUUACUUUCUGGCCUGUAUCUUGUACCAGUAUCUCUUUCCAAUCUAUUUACACCCCUCCGGGCAUCACCAUCUGUACAACUCAUACUCUUAACUUACUCUUUCCCUGUAUUUCCACCUCCCAUACCUCAGAUCACUCCGUAAACAUUCAGAACACGUGCACCUCGACAACCUCAACACAUGAUGUACAUUGCCUUGCGUACACUCAGGCCAAAGACGACAGUUUAGUUUUGUGAUACAGUUUUUCUUGUUGAUUUUGAAGAUCUUCUAGCCGUCAUUUAGAACCACAGGAGGAUCAGAAUAUGCGAUCUGUUUUAUAAACUUUCUCUAAAUAUGAGCCUGCAGACAUAUCAUACUGCUUAAAGCACACAUGCAGCACACACUCAUACACACACACACACACUCAUACACACACACACACAUACAUACAUACAGAAUAGUGAGAAUUGUGUUUUUUCAUUGCAUGGACAAGUGUAAGUAUGGACAGCUGUAUCCCUUUCGCUUCUGCAUACCUCAUUCUACUGAUGUUAGCAUUGUAUACACACAGACGUCUCCCUCGGUUUACAGUGUCACUUUAUAUUUGACAUUGUGUGGAGUUUUUAAGAAAAGUAAUGAAUAUGCUGUACAGAAACGAGAAUCUCUUCUUUUGUUUGUUUCUGUUUUUUCUUUCUCCUCAACUUUCUGCACAGUCCCCCCCCCCCCCCCGGAGUAUGGAGCAACACAUGCACUCAGCCUGACUUACAGUUUGCACAACUUAAAGAUCAUGCCAUGCUGUUUUUUUGUCUCCAAAUGAAAAUAUUACCUCUGCUCAUUAAGGCACAUUAUCGUAUUGAUGUCCUCACAUGCCAGUUAUUUUCUAAAUCCCCCCCCCUAAAAAAAAACGUAACUGUUCUUGCUCUUUCCCGAUGCCUUUCUCCAUGUAAAAGAUAUUGCUGCAUUGCCGCUGUUGUCACACGUACAGGUUUUUGUAUUCAGCCCCUUUACACUUAACAUGCUCUUCAAAAUGCCUCACGAAUCUAAAGGGUCUUCCUCUUGUUUUGUGUUCAAGCAUAUUUUCGAAGAAGGCACAGCUACAUGUAUCUUAUUAUAUUAGUUUUAUUCAAUGGGCCCAGUUCAUUCAUGUCGGAGCAGAAGAGGAGAGGAGGACACCAGAGGACCCUGCAAACACCACACAAAGAAGUGGCCUUCUCGCAGCAGCACAGCCAAUGAAAAGGGGAGAGCACUCAGUCUUGUGCUUGUUUUUAAGAAUGUGCUAUUUUCCCCAUAUGAGGUAUUGGAAGCUGCUCCAUGCAGCCAUUUUAAUCCUUCUUACAAUUUAAUGCGAUCUUGUUGUUUUUCUUUGUACUUGAUAUGAAAAAAAAAAAAUCUGAAUCAGACUGAAGUGCCUCCUUGUUAGCACGAUCUCCCGGACAAUGCCCACACAGACAUCAGCACUUUGUUUAUUCUCUGACUGUCAUACUCUGUUUGUUUCGCUGGGGAACGCGUCAACACAAAUACACACAGACUCACACAGUCUGUUGUGUGAAGGGGAGGGAAGGAUGCAGGGAGGGACCUGAUGAAUGAGGGAGUUUUCCUUCUUAUUGUGAUGUACAGCAAAGUGCUGAGUGCAUGUGAAAGCCAAACCCACUGUGUCCUUCAAGUCCCAAUAAACUAGUUUGAGUACUCCA